UUAGGCUGUCAUACAGAACCCAUUCAGCAAUGGUGGUAGCCCGGCAACAGAUGCGGUGAGUGGGGAAGCAAGGUUUGCCUAUUUCCCUGCUUCCACAGUCAACGAUGCAGCAGCAACAGUUUCUGUACAAACAACGGAUCCCUCGUUAGCACAAGCAGGAGGACAGUUCUACGUAAUGAUGACACCUCAAGAAGUUUUACAGCCAGGAACACAGCGAACCAUUGCACCUCGAACUCAUCCAUACUCCCCGAAAAUGGAUGGAAAUAGAACGCCGAGAGAUGAAAGGAGAAGAGCACAACACAAUGAAGUGGAGAGGCGGAGAAGAGAUAAAAUCAAUAACUGGAUUGUCCAGCUGUCCAAAAUCAUUCCAGACUGUAAUACAGACAACACCAAGACAGGAGCGAGUAAAGGUGGGAUCCUAUCGAAGGCCUGUGACUACAUCCGAGAACUUCGGCAGUCCAAUCAGCGCAUGCAGGAAAUGCACAAAGACGCUGAACGGCUCCAGAUGGAUAAUGAGUUGUUAAGGCAACAGAUUGAAGAAAUGAAGAAUGAAAAUGCACUUCUUAGAGCACAACUUCAGCAACAUGGCAUUGAACUAGUGGGUGAGGUGCCAGGGCAGUAGCAGUCUUGGAACUUGUUUAACUUAAGUCCUCCUUAGCACCCGUGCUGCUGUUUCUUCAGAACCUACCCAGGAUCUUCAUGCACAUCCUACGUCAGUGUUCCUUUCCACAGACACAAUAAAAAAGACUGCUGUUCAAGAUGAAUACAAGAACUUGUAUAAAUUUAGUUCUGUGCUGAAUGCAUAAAGGGCAUGGAAAAAAUUGUUAUUUAAGACAGUUGUUAUGCCUUUCCUGGAUAGCCAGUGGUUUGAAGCCUUUUCUUAGCAAAUACAUUUUAAAGAUUACUUUAUGGUUCUAAAAGAAGGCUGAUUAGCUAUGUAACCCCUGGCUGUCUAAUUUCUUGCUAAGCAAGAAGCAUUCCUUGGCAGUACAUUGUAUUUGUAUUAUUUUAUUUUUUUAUUUUAUUACUUUUGCCAUGGUAGUUAAGAUAAAUAUUGGCUGGGUUUCUUACUGUAGAAGCUGUCAGCUAAUGGCUUUGGUGAUUUCUUGCUCAGCAAGUAAUAAUCUAGCUAGCAGAUACAAAGCUAGCAAUUUUUGUAAUUCAGCUGCUUUUAAGUUUUUGAGCCUCUCACCUUUGUAUAGAAAUGUACAUCUGUACAGGAGUAGUAAAUACAUGGUACGUAAAAACGACAGAUUCCCCACAGCUCUACACAGAACCUUAACAAAAAAUGUAUUAUUUUUAAUUGUGUGAGGGAGACACGUGUGUGGCUCACUUCUCUUUCACAAAAAGGACAUUUAUUCCUAAAGAUUAAUUACUUUUUUAUGAAGUUUCAUAAAAUCUGUCAUUAUGGCUUUACAGUUUUAUCUAAUUCCACGUAACCUUUCUCAGGUUUUUCAGAUUGUUUCUGAUCCAUUUUCAGCAGUGCGUAUAAGGAAAACACUUUCACCAGGAACGACAGAGCUUUCCUUGGCAGCACAGUAUUGUAUCACCAUGAGCCACUGCUGUGUCAUUUGAGGACUACUUAUGGUUUAUGGCAGUGGUAUUAUAGUAACAACAAAGUAUCAUUUGAGUAAUACGGUUUGUGGCAGUGGUACCAUAGUAACAGGAGAGUGGCAUACUCCAUUUUUAAAGCAGAAUAUGCUUAACUUCUGAAAGUACAACCAUUCUAACAUGAGACUAAGUUUGCAGAAUGUUUUCAUUUCAAAAUAUUUAGAGCUGUCUAUGUUUUCAAGGCAUUAUUUUUGCACACUGCAUAGUACAGUGUCCAGAUUUCAGUGAGAUAGUUUAUUUUAAUGGAGCUGCACUGGCGCAGAUUUUUUUUCAGUUGCUGGAGUUGUGGUGAAUAAUACUGGUAAUAGUUGGAUUGUAGUGGCCAUUCAUUGCAAGUAGUAGACUCUGGCUCCCUCCCUAUAGAGGCUUGAUGGUCAGAUUUUGGGCAUAGGUGUGUUUAUUUCCUGGGUUUUGUUAUCUGUUCUAGGACAUUUACUGAACCUAUUUUUAGUGACUGAUGGUUGCUCACUGCGUUGACCUGUCAUUUCUCUAUACCCAUUCUUAACCAACACAGAACUGUAAAAACCCAGGCAAAAGGCUACCAACACAACUGUAGAAACUCAGGCUUAUACCCAUUCAUCUUUUUUCCCCAGAAGGACGGCUACAUAUGGAAAGUUGUUACUGUGCAUAUUGGCCUUACAACAGUUGUUUGCAGAAGUGCAGUAACUGCCGGCUAUAGACAGAGCUUGCUGACAUCUUGGAGAGUAUUGCAUUAGAACCAGUGCAACACCAGGAGAUGUAGACAGUGAUUUGAUAUGUAGAUUCUACCAAGGAGGGUUUCUUGGCAUUUUUUUAAUUGAAAAGGUAGGAUGUUUUUUUUUUUUUUUUUUUUUUUUGUCUGUGUGUUUGUGUGUGUGCGCCUGUGUAGAAAGAAGUGGCAGCAUGUUUUGUUUCCAACCAGGCAGAAACUAUGAAUAUGCUGUAUUUCUCCUGUAAAGAUAAGCUGUUACAGAAAUCUGAUUCCCUGAACUAAAGCAAUAAACAACAGAGUUUAUUAGUAGCAUUAAUAGUAUAACCUAAUAAGGGGCUGAACUCUUCCUAAUGUAGUCAUCCAGACUGAAAGGACAAGCUGUUAUGCCACCUGCUUUUUAGAAGUAAGGAUACAGUCAUUUAAUGUGCUUCCUGUAUCCUUUGUAGAACACAGGAUAAAGGAAGUGUUAAGUGUAUUUCAUUUUUGGACUUUUUUUCUUUAUUGCCUUCUAUUGUACAUUUUGUUCAUGUCUUAGUAACAGCAGUCAAAGCAUGUUGCUAAACAUGCAUUCUGUCAGUUCAUUGUACUUUUGUUCCACUACAAAUUAUAUUUGCAUUAGUAAGUGGCAGUUUUUGGUCUUCUUUAAUAAAGAAGACAAGAUCUUAACUUCAUAGAAUUAGUUUCUGUUAUUUCAUUUAGUCAGCACUUGGUUGCCAUUGAUUACAUCCUGGAAGGGGGCAGUGGGAGUGUUCACCAUUGUGGGCAGCGAAUUUACAUGUUGCUUCAAACCACCAUCAUAAUCCAACUCUGUGAUGGAUUAAUCUGGUUCAUCCACCCUCCCCACCACUAAAACUAUCACCAACAGUGCAUUAAUGGUAUACUGUAGAACCAAAAUGAAUGCUCUGAUCAUUUUCACAGCAGCAGUCCAUUCUAAUUAAUUUUUUCAAUGGUAACCUUUUGUUGUAUAACCAGACGUCUUUCUUCAGACUUGCAUUCUUUUAAGUUGGUCAGGGGACUUAUGCCACAGCAAAUCCAUCCAAGUUUGAUGGGUAGGCCACUUUAUUUUAACUGUUGAUGAUAAUUGUACUUUAGAGAGACAAUGUGAAUUUUGGAAAAUGAGGGAUGAUAUACUCUUUCCUUGUACUCAAGACCAGCCUGGCAGACUUGUUUAACAGACAAAAAACAAUUUCCUGUGACAGGAUCCCUAAACCUAGAUGAGGGUGUAGCUGGGUAUCCAGGUGACCACUUUUACAUUCUUAUCUAAAGUACACCUGUGUCAAUAGAAUUAAAACUCUUUUGAGGCCAGGUAGUAGCUGAAAGGGUUGUUGUUUCAGAUGAUUUGGUCCCUGGUGGUAUAGGAACUGUCAUUGUUCUAGCUAGGGAUGUCCAUUUUGGUUUGGGUGGCAUCCAGCUCCCAUUUUGGGCGUGGCUGUGGUGUAGAUCCAUGAUCCUGAUUAUAUUGCUAGCUGGGGUCUCAGAGAUGUUUGCAGUAGCUUGGGCAGUUCCACUCAAGCUUCCAAGUGGAAAUAGCUUAGGCAGCAUGAUACCUUUUGCAGACAGUCAGCAAUUUUUAGGUGUUUUUGAUACGUCAAGACAUCUCUGUGAAUUAGGAUUCAGUAAUUCCAUGGUCAGGGUACUUGUGGCAGUUUUCUUUCCCUCGUGACUUUGUGGAGGCAGGAUUAUGGUCCCUGAGUUGCUCAAAGAGUAAUUAAUUUAGGAAUUGGUAUUUCUCCAUACUCCUUUGAAGAGCCCCCAUCCUGCGUGGGACUUGUAAGCAACGCAACUUUUUUCUAGUGACCCUUAGGUUGAUUCCAUGCUUACCUUCAAAUGUGGUUCUGAGAUGGGUAUGAAGUAGUUUUCUAGCAGGAACAGAAAAUUCAGGUGAAUUGGCUCUUCGUGCACUAAACAUGCCUCACAGUAAAUAUAUCUGGAUUAGGUACUGAAUUUGUCAGGUAGUUGAGGUGUUGUUAUUUCUUAGGGCAGGAAGAGAAAAGCUUUCAGUUGCCAGGCAGGCAUUUUCAUAGUCACUUGGCAACUGUAUUAUCUUGUACCAUCAGUGUUUCAGUUUUCCAUUCCUAGCAGCUAAUCCACCACAGUGGCUGUUAGUACUUAUUUCUUUCUGCUUUACAGUGCGAGUGUGUGGCUGCAAUGAGCCCCUCAUCCAUGCAGCUCUACCAUCCACUGUGUGUGUCCACGAGUUCUCAAGGGUUAGGCAUGCAGUACCAGACUGAGAGGGCUCAUUACCCACUUCAAUGUAUGCUCCUUAUUGCAUGCUUUCAUCUCUUCAUUGUUUAGUUUUCCUGAUUCAAAAAUAAACAACCUUUGUUUUGAUCCAUAAACGCUUAAACCUGAGUGACUAAACUUUUUUUUUCCAGAUUCAUUGUUUCUUUGUGCUCACUAUACUUUCUGUACUAGCCAGGUGUAGUGAUCAGUUAUGUGAAGAUCCCAUAUGUUUGUCUUCAACCUCCUGUAGGUCUGUGUUGAAGUUCACUGUAGUACCACAGUGGACUAUACCCAUGGUGGGGUGUUCCGGGUACACAGUCUUAAAGGGUGCAAUUAACUGAUGCCUGAGGAGCAGAAGUGCAGUACUGGCAUUCCGAUAUGAAUGCCAAAUUGUAUGUGUAGUUACAGCUGAAGGGCUUUGUGUGUGGCACUUAAAGGGGAGGGGGGGCAACAGAUUGGGGAACUGCUCAGAACGCCAUACAACCUAGCUAUAAUGCUAUUAGACUUGCUGUAUGUUUAUAUAUGUUUUACAAAUGCUCACAGUACUAUGAAAUAGGUGUGUGUUUUGGAUCUGUAUUUGCUGAGAUAACUAGCAACAUUUCUAUUUUGCCAGCAGAGGCAUGAUCCUAAUUGUUUGAUAGUUUACCAUGAUGUUUGGCUUCUCUUGUGGCAUGUCUUCAUGGCAUAGCAGAACUUAAUCAUUUUAUUGGCCAUCUUGAUUCUUUUAUAUCAAGAAUGUGAUGAGAUAAUGUCUUGAAGUUGUUUAUUUUUCACAUCUAAUAUAGCCCAAGCAAAUUUCAAAGGUAUCUUAGUGAAUUACAGAGAGAUAUGUACUGAAACCCCUUCUAUUUCAGUAUGACAGAUUAUUUGGCCAGCAUUCACUAAAAUUGUUGGUCUAACUGAACUUUAUAACUCUUCCAUCACCAAAUUCAAAUACUAUCCAGCUUGGUUUGUGGAUGGUUACACCCCUGUUCUGUUUUUACUUCACUAAAGCUGUCAUUCUGUGCAGACAAGUGUGCAUUCAUUAUGAAAGGCAGCAGGCCCCAAGGAUUCACCAGCCAUCAGCAAGUUUUUCUAUUUGUGAGAGGCUGUUCAGGAAUUUGCUUGAUAAACAGUUUUCCAGAGUUUCCUGUAUUAACCACACAUUCUUUUUGCCCAUUGGAAUUUGCUUGGUUAAACAGCACACUUAGAUCACAGACUUGCCAGACUGAUCUAACAAGGGUGGUUGUUUUGAAGAUAAACUAUCUUUUUUAUUGGCAGUGAAGGAGGCAACAUCAUGUUUACUUGAAUCCCAUUUGCUUUUACUUUGGCCCAGUUUACUCAAAAAAUAUAUUUUAGAAAUGAUGUUUCUAGAGGCAGAAGUCAGAUUUGACCCUAGAGUUCGUGGUUUCUUUUGGAAAGUUGUACAAACUCUCUUGGGGCAACAUAAUGCCUAUUGUUGCAUCAGGAAAAGCCAUAUCAGUCUGUUAUAAAGCUAUACCAUUAUCUCUCUGAUGAAACUCGAGUGUAGCCCACUAGGGCAAAGUACACGUUUAUUGUAUUAUAUAGUUGUGGUAAUGGUUCUUUUUGACCUUCUGCCUCAGAAGGUCUGAUGGCUGGCCUGACCUCCAUAGCUUCUCAUCCUCCCCACAUUUAAUUACCACCUGAUUUGACACUUUCCCUUUGUAAAAAGUAUAGACUGGUGGGCAGUUAAGACAAUAGGGUGUACAUGUCUUCCAAGCUACCUGGUAAAGCUUUUAGCUAUCUAAAUGGAAAAAUGCUGUGUGAUUCUCACCUGAUAAAGAUACAAGCGAUAAGCUUUUGAAGAUGGUUAUUGCAAUACACAAGAGUAGUUCUCAUUUUACAAGGUGUCACCACUGCAGACAGAAUAGGUUCUCAUGUUGCACUGUGAGCUUAUGAUGCAGUUAAUGUCACCUCAAGACAUAUGCUUGGUUGAUGAGGCUGCCAUUUUUAAAAUCUAAGGAUCGAAGGAACAAAAAAAAAAACUUCUGCAAUGGCUGAUAGCAAAAACAAGGCUAGGACAUUCAUUUAAGCACUUUCUUUUUAUAAGAACUUCAGAAAUAAAACCUUGUCUUUCUUCUCCGCAGUUAAAACCAGUGUUACAAAAUCACAUGACACCAAAGCCAAGCAGCAAUCUAUAUCAAUUAAAUUAAAAAGUAUACCUUAAGCAGCACCGUAUAAUACAUAGAACGUAUUCCUAAUAAUAAUGAAAUAAAACAUUUGUACCAUAAAUAUUAGAAGCUCUGUGCUAAUAAUAAUAA